AACUGACGUACCAUCCGUUCGUUGGACUUCCGCCUCGCACGUGUGUUUACUGAAAAUGUGGAGCAACUAAGAGAAAGACAUAUUACUCUUCGCGGUCCGUACACGCUUAUCUGUGCGUGUGAAACAUGGGGAAGCUGAACGUCGUCGUGUUGAGGUACUUGUCUCGAGAUGACUUCCGAGUCCUCACCGCGGUUGAGAUGGGGAUGAAGAACCAUGAGAUUGUUCCAGUGAGUCUCUUGUCAUCCAUCGCCAGCCUCAAACACGGCGGCUGCAACAAGAUUCUUCGAGAGCUGGUCAAGCACAAACUCGUAGUCUAUGAGCGCUCAAAGACUGUGCAGGGCUACAGGUUGAACAACGGAGGCUAUGACUACCUUGCCCUGAAGACUUUGUCCUCCAGAGAAGUGCUCAUUUCAGUUGGCAACCAGAUGGGAGUGGGCAAAGAGUCUGACAUAUAUAUUGUGGCAAGUCCAAACGGGGAGCAGUAUGCGCUGAAGCUUCACCGAUUGGGUCGUACGUCCUUCAGGAACCUGAAGAACAAGAGGGAUUACCACAAACACAGGAAGAACAUGUCCUGGCUUUACCUCUCUCGCCUCUCAGCCAUGAAGGAGUUUGCCUACAUGAAGGCAUUGUAUGAUCGAGGCUUUCCCGUUCCCAAACCUGUGGACUACAACAGACACGCCGUAGUGAUGGAGCUCAUCAAUGGAUUUCCACUGUGCCAGAUACACAAGCUACAGGAUCCACCUGCCCUGUACAAUGAGUUCAUGGAGCUCAUCGUCAAACUGGCCAAUCAUGGCCUGAUUCAUGGAGACUUCAACGAGUUCAACCUCAUGUUGGAUGACCAGGACCACAUAACUAUGAUCGACUUCCCCCAGAUGGUGUCCACAUCACAUGCUAAUGCUGAGUGGUAUUUUGACCGAGAUGUGAAAUGUAUCAGAGAUUUCUUUGCAAAAAGGUACAAUUACGAGAGCGAGCUCUUUCCAACCUUCAAAGAUAUCAGGCGGUCUUGUUCUCUUGACGUUGAAGUCUCAGCUAGCGGCUUCACCAAAGAUAUGGAGAGAGAUGGUUCAUUGCUACACCCAGCUGGACCUGAGGAGGAGGAGGAGGAGGAUGAUGAUUAUGAAGAGGGAACAGACGAUGAAGAAGAAGAACGAGAGGAGAGUGUCGACUUGGAGGAAUAUAAACACGCAAUGCUGGAACUAGAGGGUCUGAAAGUAAGCGACACACAUGCAGAAGGACAAAACGAGGACGAAGAGGUUGAAAAGGGGGAAGAACAGACAGAGACUGAAAUGGCACCUGCUGUUGUACGUGAUGAAAAAGCAGAGAACGACUUGGAGGAAGAGUUGAAGGAGAAGGAGGAUGAAUUUCCAGAGCUUACAGACCUUUCCGCCUCCAACAAAGAGUUUAUACCCUUCAGAGAUUCUGACAGUCUUCUGCACAUGGCAGAACACAGGAGGAGGCGGAUGGACAGUGAGGCCACAAUGGGCAGCAUUGGGAGCUGCUCUACCAUACCACCAGAGGUGGUUCGUGAGAAGGUACGCAAGCAGCUCACCAAACAGCAGAAGGCGGCACAUAGGAGACGACUGCAGAAGGGAGAGGCCAACUUAGUGACCCAAUCCAGGAGGGAGAACCAAAAUAACAUCAAGUCUAGUUUGGAGGGCGCCUCCUUCUGGGGAUAAAUGAGACUGCACUAAUGGACAGAUAGAAUUCAUGUAAACACGCUGGUUAUCAUGCAUGCUUCAUGGUUCCUCUGUUGCUUUGUCUAAAGAGUUUCAAACCCUUGAUGGUUGAGGGUAAAACUCAACAAGACGUUUACAACAGCUCAGCUGUUCUAUACUGCUAUGGAAAAAUCUGAGAGAAGAGUGACAGAAGUGAAAGUUUCUGGGAUUUCUCCAGUCGGCUGUCCUCAAUGUCAAGUAUGAGGAGGGGAUAAUUUUCUAUUAGAGCUGGACUGUCAUACUUUACACACAGUCUAAUGUCAAAAUAAUGAAUCCUUUUGAUCAACAAUUAAACAAUGUAUGUGUUAUAA